GUUGCUUUGACCUGUAUAAGGCAAUCAGACUUAUCAGAGAGAGUCGAGGUCGGUCUCGACAUCAUUGCAACCAUGGCUUCAAUAAUGCAGCGCCGUAUGCUCUCCAAGGAAGACGAAGCCGCAGACGAGGUCGAGGUUCGACGAGAAGACCAGGACAAGAUCAACAGGUUCAGUCGGCUACACCAGCGAGAGCUCGCCUUGAAGGAGGAGCUGCAGCUCAAGAGCAAGGAAAAAGAAGAGCUGGAUGACAUCUCCACCGAACUCGAGCUUGCAGACGAGGAUGAAAAGAUACAAUACAAAAUCGGCGACGCCUUUUUCCACCUCCCUCUCGAACAGGCACAAGAGAUGCUUAGCACCGCCACAACGAGAAUAGACGAAGAGACCGAAAAGCUGGAAGAAAAGCUUGGCACCAUCGAAGACGAGAUGUCACAGCUCAAGGUUGAGCUUUAUGCGAGAUUCGGCAAGCAAAUCAACCUGGAGACGUGACGAGAAAUGUGAUAUCGACCCAACAAACUCCUUUCACCCCCGAGACUGCUCUAACGUGCGCACGACAACGCGGCGGCUGCUGUUGUAUAUGUUAUAUGCUGGUCCGCAACUCGAAGGGGAACGCAAAAUUAUCCCAUUAUGCCAAAAUAAUACGAAUCAAAGUUAUACUAGAGUAAUCAGUGGAGCAGUGCAAGGAUAAUCUUCAACUCAUACAUCAUAAGUGACGAGUAUUAUUCACUUAGAGGUCUUCUACAACCAAAUGUUAUUGCAUGGCGCGGAUAUCGUGGUUUCUCC